UGGUUCCGCCAGAUCGGCCAGACUCGCCGGCAUUCUGACCUGAUAAGUCACCAGUGUCGGAUCGUGAGAAAGUGGAGAGAGAUUCUCGCGCUCCUCGCAUCUCGGAGGACAUUUAAAUCGUACGCAGGCAGGCGGACGGACCGGCGAUUUGGGUUUCGAGACACUUCGAAAGAGGGGAAACCGUUGUUCCUCGCGUCGGUCUGUAAAAAAAGGACAACAAAAACAAAAAAGAAAAAGAAAAUCACACCGCUCUCUCCAGCACCGAUCGAAGCGCCUGCUCUCCUCUCUCCUUCUUUUCUCAUGAUUCCCUCGGGAAACGAAACGUACUAGUCGCACCGCGGACUUCGACAAACGCGAGUCGCGCGACGAUCAAGUGGCACCGGCCGGAAAACGCGCACACGCACUACGCUUAUUUAUUAGAAUCCCCCGACCCUCUCCCUCACCGCGAGAAUCCCGCAAACGUAUUAUUUAUUACGCUUUUUGUGCUCUGAUUCGCGAAGUAACCUGUGGAAAGCAAGUAUCGAAGAGGAAGAGGAAUACCCACGAUUUCCUUCGUCGAUUAAGAAAGAGAGAAAUAGAAAAAUAUUCUUCCCGGAAAAAAGUGAAGAAAAUGUAUUGGUACGUGAGAAACUGAUCGAACGAACGAACGAACACGCCUCUCUCUUUCUCUCUCUCUCUCUCUCUUUUGCUGACUCGCUCACAUCAUCGUCGCAAUUGCGACUUUGGCUCGUGCACACAUACACAUACCCACGACAGACACAUAGACAGACGCGUGCGCGCGCGCGCACACGGAACACGUGUAUAUACCACGCGUGUACGUGCGUGUGUAGUCGUCAUCGUCGUUCGCGACUCGUCGCGAGGUGAGUGAUCAGCCGUCUCUGCCUCGUUCGCUGUGAAAAAGGUGUUGAGUGUCUCCCUCUGCCUCUCUCUCUUUCUUUCUCUCUCCUCUCUCCUCUCUCAUCCCGGGUCAAUCUCGAGAUCCUUCGACGGAGCACGUGGAACACAGACUCUGUACGAGGAAACCUAGAGCCGGGGUGAAAAGAAGCCGGGAGAGAGAAGCAAGUUCGUGCCGAGCUCCUCGUCCUCGCCCGUCAUGGAUCUUCUGUGCUGCGAGACCACGGAGACCGAGUGCCGGGCGUAUGCCGAUCCCGCCCUCCUAGGUGACGACCGGGUCCUGCAGAACCUCCUGCAGACCGAGGAACGCUACGCACCGAGCCGGUCGUACUUCGAGUGCGUGCAAAGAGACAUCUCGCCGCUCAUGCGCAAAAUCGUCGCCGAGUGGAUGUUGGAGGUAUGCGAGGAGCAGAAGUGCCAGGACGAGGUCUUCCCCCUGUCGAUGAACUACGUCGACAGGUUCCUGUCGAUCUGCCCGAUCAGGAAGUCGCAGCUGCAGCUACUUGGCACCGCCUGUUUGCUGCUGGCGUCGAAGUUACGCGAAACGUCGCCGCUCACGGCCGAGGUCCUGGUUUUCUACACCGAUAACUCCAUCACCCUUGACGAUCUGUGGAGGUGGGAGCAGCUGGUCGUCUCCAAGUUGAAAUGGGAAUUAUCCGCGGUGACGCCCGGUGACUUCCUAAUGCACAUCCUCAGCAGAUUGUCGAUGCCGCGCACCUGGGACACCGUGAUGGUCCGGAGGCACGCGCAGACCUUCAUCGCUCUCAGCGCCAGAGAGUACAAGUUCUCCAUGUACACACCGAGUAUGAUCGCAGCCGCGAGUGUAGCGGCGGCGUUACACGGAUUGGAUUGGACCGGAAAAAGCGGCUACGGAUUAGCCGGUCUCCUGCACGAGCUCACCCGCAUCACGGCCAUCGAACAGGAUUAUUUACAAGGUUGUUUAGAGCAGAUCGAAGAAAUGAUCUCGCAGGCCGCUCACGUGAGCACCGAAAGCUCCGGAACCGGAAGCGGACACCAAACAAUGAGCGCCGGAGUCCCGAGCGCAUCGCAAAGGCCGUUGGGGGACCCGAACAACACGAGUCAGGAGAAGAUACUGGAACACGAGAAGGCGGGCACGCCAACCGACGUCAGGGAUGUACAUUUUUGAAAACCACAGUAGGGGGACACUCUGUAGGGGCCGACACAUUGGUGAGUCUGACAGCUGAGGAGAAGUUACCUUCCAGCGAGGAAGAGGAGGAAGCAAAGAAAAAUAGCGACAAUGAUGAUGAUGAUGAAGAACAACCAAGGAAAAAGCAAAGAAGAAUCGUGGAAGAGCGGCAAGAUGUCUUGGAAGCGAGAUGUAGCACAGGAUCAGCUGCUUGCCAUCCAAAGCGAGAAAAAACUCCUCCCGAAGAAUCUCGAGAUCAAACUUGAUUACUCGUUAAUUGCGUUUUAUUGAUAAUUACAACGCGAGCCGAAGAUAUGCGUAAGACGCACGUAUUUUGAAUCAUGAAUAUGAGGUUUAUUUCAAUACGAGAUUGACAGGACGUACCUAUAAUGCUAGAGAGAAUUUUUACGUUUUUGGAUUUAUUACGGAGAUCAUAUAUGUUCUAGAUGAACUGAAACCAAAGUUUAGAUUUUUUAUAGUUACGUCCGGCUAUACAAUGUCUUAUGUAUUAUACAUAUAUUUAUUUGACGUAUGCGUUAAUCGGCGACACGUAUUUUACGUUUACAUCAUAUUUUUAAACAUUUAUUUUUCGAAAUUGGUUCAUCUUGGCGCGAUUUGCAAAUCGGAAUUAAAAAUCGGAAAUUAAAGAACAGUUAACUUGCCGAUUUUCUGAUUAAUCUUUAAUCGAGAAACGAACGCUUCGGGUAAUGAUCAAAUAAAUGCAUGUUUUUAUCGCGAAAUCACUGUUUGCAAUAUCAACUAGAAAGAGAAUAACCGAAGAAAAUCAAACCACGAUUAAAAAUGUUCUCGAGAUGAUAUGAAAAAAUAUUAGAAGAUGAGAGGAUCACCUGUGCGCAUGAGAUUUCCAACGUGUGUCGCCCCUACAUAACAUAAGAAAAACAAAGAAAAAGAGAUGAGCGCAGGAAUUAGGAAGGUGUGCUGAUUGGGGGAAGGCAAUGCAAUACGCUUGACGCAUUUGUAAUUUCGUAAUAGGCAUAUACACUUAACUUUUAGGCAACGAGACAAGAAACUACCGAAAAAAGACGAAGGGAAUGAUAUAAGUUGGAAGGGGAACUCGUUCUCCGCGCGCGCGAACAUUAAAAAGAAAAAAAUUACUUAGUCAUAUCCAGAGUCAUUUAGCGUUUUGUACAUACAUAGGCAUAUAAGCGUACGAAUAAAUACGAAUAUAUAUUAUAUCGAAAAAAGUAUCUAUCUAUAUAUACAAUAUAUAAACUGAUGAGAAUGAAAAGCAAAGAAACAAAGAGAAUGCACGAUAAAAACGGAAAAGUACGAGGUAACAAUUAAUAGGAAACAAGGAAUACUUGGAUCGUAUUGCUCGCGAUAUUACAUGAUUAAUUAAAGAAACUGAUAUGUCACAGUUUAUUCAAGAGAAAUAUUCUUUUUAGAAAUUACGUAGCGAUUGAAAAUACCACGCUUUGAUUCUUUUCUUUCUAAUGAAUUUCUAAGAGCAAAGAUAACGUACAUGCACAGAAUGUAGUCGUGAAUAUUUCAGGAACGAAUACAUGCAGAUAUUUUUUAAUGGCAUAGUAUUCGUUUUUAUAUUUCUAAGAAAACUACUGGGAAACAAAGUCUCUGUGAUGUACAAUGUGAAAUAGAUUGUAAUCCCUUGAAUUUUUUAUCGCGAAAAAUGCGGUCCGGUUACUUCUAUCUAGUUUUGUAAAGUUUCACACUUCAACUAAGGUUUAUCCAAAUGAUGAGCGACGCGAGUCUUUAUGUCCGAAGAAUUAACGGCGUAGCACUUUGCUUAUCCCGCUCGGUUCCUAAGAAGGGUUGCGCCAAUCCCUUCCGCGUAUGCGUAACGUAAUGCAAAAUGUAAGAAUGAGUCGUAAAAUGUAUAUAUGUGUUAUUACAACUCUGUGAGUGUGCGUGCGUACGUGCGUGUGUGUAAGCGAAAGGGAAAGAAUGAAAGAAAAUGAAAAGAAAGAAAGAGAAGAGGAGAACAAUCAACCGAAAAACCAAAAAAAAAUCGACUUUUUUUCCCUUUUGAGAAAGUGUCGUUGGUAUAUUAUAAUCCACGGUACAUAAUCUCGAAGCAUGUCCAUCGUUUACGUGAACGUGUUGGUCGGCUGUAUAUACGUAUAGACUGUACAAUUUAAGAAUUAAUAUGUAGUGUGAGUUUAAGGGGGAAAGAAAGAAAAAAUAAAGCGAAACAAAUUGAAAAAGCGAACGAUAUUUUUAGAAAUGAAUGAUACAAUUUAAUGACGAAAGAAUUUCGUCCCGAAAAGAUUUUAUCGAAAAAAACAACUGCGAUAAAGAGCAAUUGAAAUUUAAUAGUUUGUUCGUCGUGUCGACUGCAUAUUGUCUAGAAGAAUGUGCGAUUUCUUCAGAUACUCCUGAAAAAAGAUAAUUUUACUUAGACGGUGUUGCACGAUUGUUUAAUCCUCGAAUUAUGUUUAUAUGAUCGCAAAUAAAUCCAAUCGCGCGAUACCGUCACGGCGAUACGUUCUACUACGAUCAUACCCAGACAACACAAUGUCCAAAAUCGGGACAUAAGAUGUCUUUUGAAAGUUUUUUAGACAUUUUUAAAAAAAUAUGACAUAAGACGUCUUAUAUCCCGAUUUGGGACAUUGUGUUGUCUGGGUAGACAUCAUUUGCGACGUGACGAAACAAAUCGUGCUGUUGUGUGCGUUGAUGAAAGAGGAACGAGGUUUAAAAGGUAGAGAUUAAAGUUUUAUUAUUAUUAGUACUUAAUGAGAGUCUCAGAGGUCUCAUAGGGCCGGAAUCGAAUUUUCGUUGUUUCGUGCCCGCGCAAACUCUUGCAAUUCCAUAAGGAGCUAAGAGAGUUUCGGGAACGGAACAUUCUGUCACUCUUGACUUUCGACUAUGAAGAUCACCCGAUUUCGCGUAGACGGAAUUCUACGUCUCCUAUAUGUUCCACGUCUGUGUUGUGCGGCUCCGAGGACUCUCGUGCGUGAGAGUUGCGAGUCGGCUCAAGUGGAAAUGCAAAUGUUAGUAUGUCCUACACGUGUACUGUAAAAAGGACAGGCGUGUCAGCAUGAACUAUAUAUAUUACUGUAAAGUCUCUCGCUGGACGAGUCGGCUCGAGAUGACAUAAGGAACGUGGACGAUAAGUUGCACGGUUCUGGUGAUUUCCAGACGAUUCGCGCGAAUCGGUCUAAAUUGUCUGAACGUGCGUACAAGCGUGAAUCGGCUCAGGGACUAAAGGAGAACGAAGAUACUAAAAGACUAUAUAAAGUUCGCUGAAGUUCAUGCGUGAAUUUCAUUGGGAUUUUGCGAGACAAAGAGGGUGUACCCAACGUGCCACGAAGCUAAUUAGGAAGCUAAUUAGUUGCGUAACGUUAAUUUAACCAAAAUCUAGUACAAUGUAACCGGAGUCGAAUAAUAUACAAAGAUAUCGCGGGAGAUCUGCGUGGCUGAUCUUUUUCCUUUUAUUUCCUUUUCUUCGCACGCUUCUUUUUAUUUUUGAUACUCGGCGCACGAGUACCAAACGUCGCCGACGAUACGUGGCUUUAUCCAAAUUUGAUUUGAUGUCGUCGGGCGCAAUGCAUGAUUCCAAUUCGGCAAAAAGAAACCCAUCCCCAUUGUAAAAUCUUCAAAUCGAGAAAAGAUUCAAUUUGAUGAAAAAAUAUUGUAGUUUUUUUUUUAUGACUGAAUGCUUACAAAAUUUUGCAAGUGAAGAAAUAUUCGUAUUAUUUCACUCGCUUGUAUAACGGAAAAAUUAUUUUUGGCUUAAACAAAAUUUUAAUAAAUAUAUAUUAUAUAUUUUAUAUAAUAUUUAAUCGCGCGAAGGAAAGAAAAGGGAAUAACAUUGCGACUUUAUCGAAAUUUUGCGAAAGAGAAUUUUUUUUUUUUUUUUCAAAUUAAAGAAUUCAUCGAUAUUACUUAUUAUUAACUGAGGUUUAGUAAUUGCAGAAUUUUAUAUUUAAGAAAACAAUGGGGAUAGUAUUUCAUUUAUCUUGUUGCAUUCAUAUGUGUAUAUAUAUGUAACUAAUGUAAUGCAGAGUGUGUUACGAGACAAUAUAUUUGUUCACUAUGCGCAUCGAUUUAUUACUGCAAGUCGAAUUUUGCUCGAGCCGAGAAAUUCUGCGUAAUCCGUCGUAGGUUCCUAAAAAAGACGGUGAUAUUGUCUGAUCGCGAAGAAAAAAGUACAGAACGCGAACGCGAUGUGAGUGUUUAGCAUUUAAGCAACGAGUUGUAUAUAGAAGCGAUAAACGCUGAAGAGAAAACCGAACUAUGGAGCAUAAUGUAAUUCAAUCCAUUUUGUUUAUUUGCUAAUCUCGUUAUUUCAAUUUUACGUAGACAAGAUUCUUUGUUUUUUUAACUAUAGGAGAAAAAAUAUGGCUCUGACUAUUGUUCAAAAUAAUACAUCUUUCUUGAGAAAAGCUGAGAUUAGCGAUAAUUCCGAAGUUAGAAUUCAUGACGAAAAAACCUACACAGAAAAAAAGUAAUAUAACCAAUAACAUACGUAAUUACGGGCUGCCAAUAUAAAAUACUCAAUACAAUAAUAUUUACUGUUAAUGCAGUACAAUGUUGAUACCGCAACAGCAUAUAUUAUUGAUUGAGUAUAUCUGUAGUUGGCAGCCCGCAAUUACAUAUCUUAUUGGAUAUAUUACUUUUUUUUCAGUGUAUGGAAAAGAAAUGAAGAACAAAAUAAAAUUAAGCAUGAAGCUCGAUGUAGGAACGUAAAUCAGCAAAUAAAUUUUUGUUAUUUUUAUAAGAAAAUCAUCAUUUGAAAAAACUCAGGAGUUUCUCAUAAGUAAGGAAGUAUAAUAUCCAUGUAUGAUAUACAAAAAUCAUACACGGAAACCAUACUCCAUGAUCGGUGAUUCAUUUUUUGCGUUUAUAAUUAUAAACACGUAGACAUAAAUACACACAACUCGGUUAGAUACGUGUAUAUUUUUCCAUACAUUUUUCACAAAAAUUUUUCACUAAUCUGUCAAGUCGCAUAGUUUUUUGUUUGUCUUUUUCUUGUUCGUUUUUUUUUUAUUAGCGCAAUAAGGAAUACCACACUGAUAUACCUCAAAUCACACUUCACCCGAGAUAUUCAUUGAAUAUUGUAUUUGAUCCUACCGUACUUUUUACCGAGUCAGAGGGAAACGAGACAUUGAAUAAUUGCGUUAUUUUUAAAGUUAGUAUGUAAAUUACUUCUUUUAAUUGCAUAGAUGAGAAUUGUACUAUGUAAAAUGGUCCGACGUCUGUGUACAUACCUUAUGCAUAUUCGUGGCAUCGCAAUCGAUUGAAAAUAAAGCAUCGAUAUUUUAUACAA